ACCUCCUUCAACGAUCUGAAUGCAAACGAGUAAACACGAACGAUCUCUUAUUGGUAUGAGAUGUUGUUAGCCUCGGCCGUGGUCGUCUGGGAAUGGCUGAACGAGCACGGGCGCUGGCGACCCUACAGCCCGGCGGUGUCCCAUCACAUCGAGGCGGUGAUCCGCAGCGACCCUCGCGGCGCCGGCAGCGUGGUUCUGGGCCAGGUCGACUCGCGUCUGUCGCCGUACAUCAUUGACCUGCAGUCUAUGCACCAGUUUCGGCAAGAUACCGGUGGAUCAAUUAAUAAAGGUACGCUAAGACCCGUGCGGCGAAGCUUCUACGACCCGCGGUCGGCUCCGGGUCAGGGAUGGGUGUGGGAAUGGGAGAACGACUCGGGCUCAUGGACGCCGUACGACACCGAGGUCAGCAUCGCCAUCCAGGCGGCUCGGGACCGGCAGCAGCCUUGGCUGGACUUAACGCCACUGGGCUUCUGCUACCUUAUAGACCUGCAGAGUAUGACACAGAUCAACGGACAGACGCAGCGGCGCCGGCGCAUCCAGAGGCGCUCAGACCUGGCCUACCCGCUUGUCUCUGGCCCGCUGCCUAAACCGCACGUGUGGUCGUCCGCUGGAAGCGGUGGACUCCUGGGGGUGGGUGUUUCGGGGGUCAGCGGAGGGAAUGGCAGUGCCUAUCCCAGUGGAGCUCUCCCAGCUUCUGCUAUUACUUCACUGGGUCAACCGUGUUCCUGCCAGCAGUGUAUGCUAGUCUUAGGCGUCAAGACCUCUAGCAUGGCACAAACUCUCGGGCGGAAGCCCCCGCCCUUACCCAAGCCGCCGAGCCCAAAAGCGCCAUCAAGAGGACACUCGUACUCCCUUACCCUGCCUCACCCUCCAUCCCUGUCCCGAGUCCUCUCGCCACAUAGGAACUCGACUUCGGGUGCUAGCGGAGGCUUUGGACACUCCCUCUCCCUGCUGGGCUCAGCCACUGCCGCCAUGUCGAUAUCCUCCAACCGUCCUCCUCCACCUGCUGUGCCGCCACCCCCGCCGCCUUCCACCACACCCCACACGACCUCGGCGCCCAACCCUACUGCACCUACACCCUCCAAUGCCCUUAUAUCUACAGCGACCACCUGCGCUCCCACGCCCUCUGCUCGUGUUCUGGGUCCCGUGUCGACGGCUUCAGCCGCUUGUGCCGCCCCAGUGCCGCCUCGCAGUAGUCUGGCUGGCCUUAGCCGCCCCGCCCUGCAGAGAAUCGCCAUGGCACAGUCACGGGCACUCAUUGCAUCAGGGGUCCCCACCGUCCCAGUGAAGAACUUAAAUGGAUCCAGUCCUGUCCAUCCAGCUUUGGCAGGUAUCACUGGGAUUCUAAUGAGUGCCGCUGGACUCCCGGUCUGCUUGACCCGCCCACCCAAACUUGUGCUCCACCCCCCACCUGUCAGCAAGAGCGACAUCAAACCUGUACCAGGCCUCGGCCACUGCUGCCGGAAAACUACAAAGAAGCAGGCCCGCAAAGGUAGAACUUCAGAAGAAGUUGUUAGAAGAUAUCUCCAGAAAGUCCGCAACCCACCUGAGGAGGAUUGUACUAUCUGUAUGGAGUCUCUCUGUGGCCCAUCUGGUUAUAAAGGCCCAGGUGUAGGUGGCAUUUCUCGAGCAGAGUUAGUGGGUCGUCUGUCUCAGUGUGGGCAUCAGUACCACCUGCAGUGCCUGGUGGCCAUGUACAACAACGGCAACAAAGACGGCAGCCUUCAGUGUCCCACCUGCAAGACUAUCUACGGUGUUAAAACCGGCAACCAGCCACCAGGAAAGAUGGAAUACCACGUCAUUCCUCACUCCCUUCCUGGACACCCUGACUGCAGAACCAUCCGGAUUAUCUACAACAUACCCCCUGGCAUUCAGGGUCCAGAGCAUCCCAACCCCGGGAAGCCCUUCACAGCCCGUGGAUUUCCAAGACACUGCUACCUCCCUGACAGUGAGAAAGGCCGCCUGAGUGAAGUUGAUGUGAAGGUGAUGUGUCUCUAG